CAGGGAUUUGGCGAGUGCUCAGCAUGGAAGAGGCGGUGAAACAUGGGCUGGUGUACACACUUCAGCAGAAGUUCAUCAAGAAAUGGAAAAAGGUUUGGCUCUCGCUCUACUCGCAAAGCAGUCAGUCUGUUGCGCGCCUCGAAUACUGUGAGUAUAAAGAGGGAUCGACGAUGUCGGAAAGGCAGAGUUCAAAAAGGAUGGACAGGAAGCUCAUUCGAAUGAGCGAGUGCAUCAGUAUAUUUGAAGUGGUUUCUGAAAACUACCCGAAGGAAUCGGGGGUCUUUGCAGUGGAGACAACAACCAAAAUGUACACAUUUGCAACUGAUAAAUCUGACUGCAUUGAAUGGGUACAAAAACUCAAAGAGACUACUUUUGAGUAUUUCCAAGAAGACUAUUCAGAUGGGAUGACAAUAAGGAUGCAGGAAAAUGAACUCUACUGUACACAAGCAGGAGUAAACGAUUACACAGUCACAGUAAGAAGCACAGACGCAUCGGAAAGAUGUGAACUCAGCGGAAUGUACUUUUUAACGCUAGACAAGGAAGUGUUGAUGUUAAAAAAUAUUGUCUCCGAAGAAGUGGUGUACGAAUGGCCUUACCGGUAUCUAAGGCGAUUUGGCGGAGACACGAGAAUAUUCUCAUUUGAAUCUGGAAGAAGUUCCAAAUCUGGUCCAGGCAAGUUUGAAUUCGAAACCAAACACGGAAAACAGAUCGUCUGUUCAGUAAACGCUGCUGUGAAAAUCCAGAGAGAAAACAGCGAUGAAGAACGAAAUCAUUUUGAUUCUUUAGAAAACGACAAUUCAUUAACCGUUGAAUCCGCCACUUACAAGCCACAUUCAGGCAGUCCACAGUCUGUCAGCAAGUUGUCAGAAAUGUGCAGGUAUCCCAAGGAACAUAAGUACCAAUUAUCUAAAAAAAUACCUUCCGCAGUGUUAGAUGUUUUCGAAGGCAUACAUCACCUGUCUUGUGAAGAUGGGUCAGAUAAUGAGGCUCGCUCUCCACUGAGGAAAUCACCAGUCAGGUUUCAGUACAGCUUCCCAACAAGCCCUUUAAAUUCACCGCGUGGUGAAUUGAGUUCGAAAUUAUCCACAGAGACGAUGGAGAACAGAACUAUGUUCCAUUCGAAACCCAGCUCACGAGGCGCUAAUCUGACAGUGCCCUUGGAACGACCAAGCAACAGUAAGUCCUUGCCGAGACAAGUAGGCAGACAGCAAACAAAUAGCUUUACAUACAGUAAAGGGGGAAGCCCACCACACCAAACCAACGAGCAUUUUGUGAGGUCUUCCACCAAAACCCAUAUCCGUGACACUGCUGAAAUUAACCUGGCUCAAAAGAAAAUUCCUUCUAUUGUAAUGUCUGAUUGUUCCAAAACCGUUUACGGUGCUGUGCACAGUGGAUACCAAGCAGCGGGAGACUUAAAGGCGUUAAAGAAACAAACAACCGAACAGGAGACGAAAGAGCCCAUAUACGAUGAAGUUGCAUCUCAAAAUGAUUUUUCACUCUAUGAUGAAGCAAAGGUACUGACCGAAGCGUGGAAAGUGCAAGGUACAGUCAAUGACUCAUUUGGUUAUGAAUAUCCAUACAAUUCAAUCGCAGAUGACUACGCAGUGCCAAAACAGGUGUUCAUGGAUGGUCCUCCAAGGCCACGUAAAAAAGGUCCGUCUCUUUUAAGGGGACAUAUGCAAAAUAAUGACUAUGUGAAUAUGAAGUCGAUCAUUUGCAACAGAGACCCAUGCAAUGAUUUGUGAUUUGUGCAACGUGUAAAUAGUCUUAAGAGUCUCUGUAAGUUUUUGGAAACAAAAGCAAUCGAUUGUGUAAAUAUUGUAUUAAUGAUUUGUCAAAAAUGUAAUCGAGAAUUUA